CCACCAAUGAAAAGUUCUGUCUUUUUUUCCUACUCUGUUCUCGGCCCAGAUUUUCCUGGGAAAAAAAAACUCAAUCCACCCGAAUUCCCCAAAUCUCCAGCCUUUCUUCAUAGUUUCUGGAAAUUUUCUCGAUCGUGAAGCAGAAAAGUGAGGAUCCAAAUGGGUUUGGUUUCGGGUCAAACCCGAAUUACAACGAUGAACCUCUCGCUCUCAUCAGCAGAGAAGAAUCCUAAUUUCCGCUUAUCGCUUCUCAAUUCUAAGAACGCAAUUUCAGAUAGUUUAGGAGUCUCUUCCAAAUGCAGUACAUUCCUCAGAGGUCAAUUUCAAAGAAUACAUUUUUCUUUAGUUCACCACACUCGACCUUUGAGAACACGAUCACGAUCAGUAUUUGGUCACGUGAGCUGCGUCAUGCCGUUAACGGAAGAGAAUGUAGAGAGAGUGUUAGACGAAGUACGACCAUCUUUAAUGGCUGAUGGAGGAAACGUGGCGUUGCACGAAAUCGACGGACUUGUGGUUGUUCUAAAGCUACAAGGAGCUUGUGGUUCAUGUCCUAGCUCAUCAAUGACGUUGAAGAUGGGAAUCGAGAGUCGUCUUCGAGACAAGAUUCCAGAGAUCAUGUCCGUUGAGCAGUUUCUUGAAUCCGAGACUGGCGGGUUAGAGCUGAACGAUGAGAACAUUGAAAAGGUUCUCUCUGAGCUAAGGCCGUACCUAUCCGGUACUGGAGGUGGGGGGCUUGAGCUAGUUGAGAUCGAUGGUUACAUAGUCAAGGUUCGGCUCUCUGGACCAGCUGCUGGAGUCAUGACUGUUCGUGUCGCGUUGACUCAAAAACUAAGGGAAAACAUUCCUUCUAUUGGUGCAGUCCAGCUUCUAGAGUGACAUCAAUCUUUUUUAUUUUGUAACUUCUUCUAUUCAUCUACAAGGCCUAUUUUUGAUUCUAUAUAUUUUAUUUCCAAAUUCUAGAAUUAGUACAAUUAAUACAAUGACCUAUUUCUGUUGACGAAAAAGGAAAAAUAAAAAUUUAACCUAUGUAUGAA